GGGUGACAGGCCCUGGGGGAGAUGCGGUGAAGGGGAGGAGCACGUAUCUGGGGUGACAGGCCCUGGAGGAGAGGUGUCUCAAAGAGAGGAUUAUUUACCUAGGGGAGAAGAGAGUGAGAAGAUGUGCAUGGAGAGAUUUAUUUAUAAAGUUACCUGGGCAGGGCUAUGUAUGGAUGAUGUUUAUUCUGAUGAAGAGCUGCUCUUCUGCAACGUGUAGCAGAAUUGGAAAAAGUGAAUGCAGAAUUUCUGCGUACAAAGCAGCAGCUUGAGCAAGAAUUUAAUCAAAAGAGGGCAAAAUUUAAAGAGUUAUACUUGGCUAAGGAAGAGGACCUAAAAAGGCAAAAUGCAGUACUGCAAGCAGCACAAGAUGAUCUUGGACAGCUACGGACACAACUAUUGGAAGCCCAGGCAGAAAUGGAGAAUAUCAAAGCUGUAGCCACAGUGUCUGAAAAUACAAAGCAGGAAGCUAUUGAUGAGGUGAAGAGGCAGUGGCAAGAAGAAGUAGCUUCACUGCAAGCUAUAAUGAAAGAAACUGUUCAUGAAUAUGAGCUCCAGUUUCAUCACAGGCUGGAACAAGAACGAGCUCAGUGGGGCCAAUAUCGGGAAAAUGUUGAAAGGGAAAUAGCAGACUUGAGAAGGCGACUGUCUGAAGGUCAAGAAGAGGAAAAUCUGGAAAAUGAAAUGAAAAAGGCCCAAGAGGAUGCUGAGAAGCUUCGUUCAGUUGUGAUGCCUAUGGAGAAAGAGAUUGCCAUUUUAAAGGAGAAACUAACAGAAGCGGAAGACCAUAUAAAAGAACUAGAAGCUUCAAAGAAAAAUACACCUCUUUUUGCCUUGAAGAGGGGGAAAAAUCGCACCAGUCUGACUGGCAGACCAUACUCCUCAGUUAAAGAAUUGAAUCAUUAUCUAGAAGCUGAGAAGUCAUGUAGGACAGAUUUAGAGAUGUAUGUGGCUGUUCUGAAUACUCAGAAAUCAGUCUUGCAAGAAGAUGCAGAGAAAUUACGGAAAGAGCUGCAUGAAGUUUGUCAUCUGUUAGAUCAAGAGCGUCAACAGCAUAACCAGUUGAAACAUACCUGGCAGAAGGCCAAUGAUCAGUUCUUAGAAUCUCAGCGUUUGCUGAUGAGGGACAUGCAACGUAUGGAAAUCGUUCUGACCUCUGAACAGCUCCGACAAGUCGAAGAACUAAAAAAGAAGGAUCAGGAAGAAGAUGAACAGCAGCGACUUAGCAAAAGGAAGGAACAGAAACAAAAAGAUACAGAGGAUGAAGCAAAAGUGGUAUGCUCUCUAACCCAUGAAGAAUCGCUUACACAGUUCCCUAAUGAAGAGGUACGUUUAAAUAGUGCCCAUGGAUCAGUCCAUUCAUUGGACACAGACUUGCUAUUACCUUCUGGUGAAUCUUUCAAUAAAUCAGAGAAUGAUAUGUUUAAAGAUGGACUUCGAAGAGCACAGUCUACAGACAGCCUGGGAACAUCAGGAUCUUUACAGUCCAAAACUUUAGGCUAUAACAACAAAGCAAAAUCUGCUGGAAAUCUGGAUGAAUCUGAUUUUGGACCACUAGUUGGAGCAGAUUCAGUGUCUGAGAACUUUGAUACUGCUUCCCUUGGGUCUCUGCAAAUGCCAAGUGGAUUCAUGUUAACCAAAGAUCAGGAAAAAGCAAUCAAAGCAAUGACACCAGAGCAAGAAGAGACAGCUUCCCUUCUCUCCAGUGUUACACAGAGUGUAGAAAGUGCUUACGUGUCUCCUAGUGGUUACCGCUUAGUUAGUGAGUCAGAAUGGAAUCUGCUUCAGAAAGAAGUGCAGAAUGCAGGAAACAAGCUGGGUAGACGCUGUGACAUGUGUUCGAAUUAUGAGAAGCAAUUACAGGGAAUCCAGAUUCAGGAGGCUGAGACAAGAGAUCAGGUGAAAAAGCUGCAGGUAAUGCUGAGGCAAGCUAAUGACCAGCUAGAAAAAACAAUGAAAGAUAAACAGGAGCUGGAAGAUUACAUGAAGCAAAGCACUGAAGACUCCGCCACUCAGAUAUCUUCACUUAUUUUUAGAUCUCAAGAGUCUGAGACCUUACUUGGUGAAUUACAACAGGCAUUUUCCCAGGCAAAGAGAAGUGUUCAGGAACAAAUGGCUGUCCUGAUGCAGUCAAGAGAGCAGGUGUCAGAAGAGUUGGUGAGACUACAAAAAGAUAAUGAAAGCCUUCAAGGAAAGCAUAGCUUGCAUGUGUCUUUACAGCAAGCUGAAGAUUUCAGUCUGCCAGAAUCCAUGGAGGAACUCCGUGAGCUGGUAUUAAAAUAUCGUGAGGACAUUAUUAGUGUACGAACUGCAGCAGAUCAUCUUGAAGAAAAACUGAAGGCAGAAAUCUUAUUCUUAAAAGAACAGAUUCAAGCUGAACAGUGUCUAAAGGAAAAUUUAGAAGAAACUCUACAGCUGGAAAUAGAGAAUUGCAAAGAAGAAAUAGCUUCCAUUUCUAGCCUAAAAGCUGAAUUAGAAAGAAUAAAAGUGGAAAAGGAACAGUUGGAGUGCACCUUGCAGGAGAAACAACAGCAGCUGGAGAGUCUUCAGGAAAUGAAAAACACUCUUGAAGAACAGCUGAAAAAGGAGACCACUGCCAAGACCAACUUUGAACAGUUGAUGUUUGAAGAAAAGAACAAAGCUCAGCGACUGCAGACUGAAUUAGACGUUAGCGAGCAAGUACAGAGAGACUUCGUAAAGCUUUCGCAGACCCUUCAGGUGCAGUUGGAACGGAUCCGGCAGGCAGAUUCCUUGGAGAGAAUUCGUGCAAUCCUGAAUGACACAAAACUGACAGACAUUAAUCAGCUUCCUGAAACAUGACACCCUGAUGGGCAAGGCUCCAAGGCUGCCUUUGGGGUUUUUAACUCAUCUUUAUAGCAACAUUAAUUAUUAUUUAACUCUAACUGAAAGAGCAGAUGAUGACAGAGGGGAACAAUGACUGAGCUUGUUUCUAGAGGAGAGAAGGUUUUGCACAGGGCAGGAAGAGAGCACCAGGGAGCCUUGCAGUGUAGAAGAGAAUUUUCUAAUGGGAACACUAAUGGGUGCAGCAUUUUCCACGGUAAGUGGAAACAGUCCUUCACGUUCUGAAAUAUUUUUCCCUUUGGCUAACUUCUUAACCUAAUAUAGAUACCUGGAACAUUUCCCCCUAAAUACUGUGAUCAGAGUAGCUGCUGGAAAUCAUAUUGACCCUCAAAACACAAAGUGAUUGAAUUUUCCUGUUUUGAAUAGACAGUAACAGUAUUCAGCUAGAAGGCAGCCUGAGGUGUAGUGUGCUGUAUGAAUAUUUUAUAUUAAAAUACAAAUUUAUUAGCAGGACACUGGAUAUUGAUCUUAUUUCCUAGUUCAGUGCUUUUUAAACUGUUUUUGUUGAACAAUCUGAAUGCUGUGGAAUGUGGCUGAUAUGAGUGUGUCUCAGGAGCUGAAACAAGUUAA